UGAAGAGAAGACUUCCAGCAAGAUAUCCCGGGAUCAGCGCCAAGUGUUGGCCGCUGUCCCUCCUUCGGCGAAAAGUCGAUAUAUCCUCGCAUCUCUUGAUGCACAAACACUCUGGAGAGUGUUUGUCUCAGCAUGAAUUUGAUUGGCAUUUGGAUUUUUGGUUCGGGUUCCGGCGUUUUCUCCAACUACACUCUCAUUCCAGUCCUUCGUCACGUCAACGACUAUGCUUUUGAUGCCGAAUUUCCAGCGCUAGGUCUUCGGACUAGACAACAGAGUAUCGCCGCCUCGCUCGAUGAAUCACGUCGAUCAACACCGCCGGUGCCACCGGGGUUUGAAGUGCAGCUGGCCAACGAGAGCCGACGCGCCACGCCUUCAAUUCCUCCGGGACUUUCUAGACCAACAGCUUUACCAGACCUCGAAGGCGGACCAGGCUCCACGACGUCACGGCCAUCUAGUCGAGCGAGCUUGCGCCGUGGAGUCUCUGCUCAGAUCACACCAGCAGUACCGUUAUGCCCCGCUACUCCAAGCGGCACUGCUGCCACUCCACCGCGGAACGGAAUUACGGACGACGACCAUGGGUCCAUCAUUCAUGAAACCCCAACCAAGUCGUCCAAAGCUGUCGGCGACAUCGUCUCGAAAAAGGAAGGUCCAUUUGUAAACAUGUCGCCAGCACCAGCGACCGCCUUGGAUAACGCUGCGCUCGCUUCUAAGGACGAGGAGUUCUCGAAGCCCAAACCAUCGACCAAGAAGGAGGCAGCAAAUGCUACCACUGUGCCGCUCAAAUCAUCCAAAUCAACAAGAGCUAGCAAUCGAUCUCCUUCGAAGACUACUUCAGCUAAGGAAACUUCAGAAACAAGCAUUCCUCCAGUGACUCCGGUCAAGGGCGCUCCAAAACCGAGCGAUAAGAAAAGCCUCGGCAAGCUCGACAUUACCGCAGCGGUUAUGCAACAGGAACCAAGCAAGCAGGCUGCUUCCCCAUCCACCCAAAGUGCUACUCCAGCAGGAUCACAACGUUCGAUGGCUGUGCCGACGCCAUCAAUGUCCACAAAAGCCUCUGAUAGUCCCGGUCCAGUAACAGAAUCUCCUGCGAAGAAGCCUGCGCCGCGCGUCUUGCGAGUUGUUCAAACGCCGAAAGAAGAAAUUAUGCCACCAGUCCCCACCAUCGCACCGACUCUACCGAGUAUGCUAGCGAAUAGACAUGCUCUCAGAAAGGCGAGUGUCACUUCGAUUAACUUCCCCGGCACGCCGUCUAGUGAGCUCGUGUCCAUGUCCGACAACAUGUCCAUAGCUUCUACAAAUGCGCAUUCGCGGGCUGGUUCACCUCCACCAUUUACCAGCAAAGUCGGUUCAGCGCCCAUCCGGACCAAGACCAAGAGUCAACAGAAGAAAGAUCGACAAGAAAGGGCCAAGAUGAUUGAGCAAGAGAUGGCCAAGAACGACGAUGAGACUAAGUCCCAGCCCGAGAUUCCAGCGCAAGAGGCUAUUCUUAGUCGCAAGAAGAAGGCCAAAAGGGAGAAAGAACCCAAGCUCAAACCUGUCGCCUCGACCACUGAAACGAAGCAUCCGAUUGCUCCGAAGGCAGCCCCUAAAGCGCAAAAUGAGCAGAAACACAAUUCGACGUCUGAGUCUACUGUCCAAGAACCUAUCAAGAAAGAGGUCAAGCCUGCGCCACCUGUCAAAUCAUCUCAAGUACUUCCGCCAGCGCCACCUACCUUGCCGACACAUCGGGAGCCUUCUCCUCCACCGACUCCUACCAAUUUGAGCGCCGCCCAAAUCAUCGCCGAUCUUAAAGCCCACACGCCUGAGAUACAAAAGUGCAUCGAACAACUCUUCAAGGUGACCAACCAUAAUGCGUUCAAGUAUCCUCCCAAUUUUUCUUCCCAACGCGAACUCGCGGCGGCCAUGAACUGGCGCGCCGACUUCAAGCUCAAUCUCACAAAAUCCGAAGUCGACGACCUCCUUCGCGGCCGCUAUCCUGCCGUAAACUACAGCGAACCGCAUUCCGAAAACAACCCCUGGGAGCGAGGCAUGGUGACGGCCUCUGGCGCCCACCUUCGCGCGCUGACCAAGGAGCUCGAAUCUCGCUUCGUUGAGCUCGAGCAAGCGCUUCGUGAAAUCCCCGAGGAAUUUCGCUUCCGCCCAGGAAAGCCCCAGAACGAGACCAAAUUCCCUCACAUGGACCUCGUAGCGCUGCAGCGUGAGUAUGAGAAUUUGUCACAUGGUGGCCACCACGGCGGUGGCGGCCGUGGUCCCAACGUCAUGGAGCAGAUGGUUCAGGACGGUGCGAAUAUGCGCAAGGGCGCGUUCCUUGUGGACGAAGCGAGUCGGUACAUCAAUGAAUUUGUCAUGCCGCCGGUCACACCGCCGCCGUCGGUGGGUGGGAACGGGAACGGAAAUAACGGCGGUGGUGGGAAUGGAAAGGGAGGCAAACAUGGAAGUGGUGGCCAGCAAGGUGGCGCAGGAAACGGGUCACAACAUGCGGACCUUGUGGUGCCCAGUCUGGACGUCGCAGAACGUCAACUGAACGAGGCGAAGAGGCACGCGGAAGAGAGGGAAGUGGCGCUUAAGAAGCAGAUGAAGAAGAACAAGAAGCUGAUCGGGAUUAGCGCGUGAAGGGGAAAGGAAGGGAGUUGUCCGUUCGUUUAGACGGCAUCACAGCGAGGAUGGGAUAGAUCGCAUCACACGCGAUUUUGUCUGUGGCAGACGUACACUUUUGCUCUCAUCAUUCCUUUACUUCUACAGCUCGUUCUGAGCGCAG